CGCAUCGUCACAUCCUUCCCCGAGGUGACACGCGCUUUCUUUGCGCCGCUCGACGCCGCCGCAGGCUGCGCCACCUCAAUCAAGUUCGUCUCCGGCUCGGUCGAGGCGGCCUGCAAGCUCGGCCUCGCCGACGCCGUCGUCGAUUUGGUCGAGACCGGCACGACGAUGCGCGCCGCUGGGCUGUGCGAGCUGGAGACGCUGCUAGAGACGCAGGCGUGCCUCAUCUCGAACCCGCACUCGCCGCACCGCGAGCUGAUCGCAAAGAUCAAGGCGCGCAUCCAGGGGCACCUCGACUCGACUAAGUACCGGCUGGUGCAAUACAACGCGAGCCGCGCCAUCCUGCCGCAGUGCGUCCGCAUCACGCCCGGCAAAAAGUCGCCCUCCAUCCUCCCGCUCGAGGACCCCGAGUACGUCGCCGUCUCCGUGAUGGUGCCCAACAAGGAGCUCGCCGAGCGCGUCGACGAGCUCAUCGCCAUCGGCGCCACCGACGUGAUGGUCUUCCAGAUCCAAAACUACCGCUGAUAGUCUGUUCGUCUCGGCUCGAGCCUCUGGAGAUGCUCCCGACCGCAGGCUCGAUUCAGUCUCGGCCCCUGGCUCGACGGCACUGCAAUAAACGGCGUAGCGUGGCCUUUGGUUUGGCCCGGUGUCCUCGUUGGCUUGUGCUGUGGAGGGAGUCCCGCAGCGAGCAGUCUUCAGCGCGCGAGGUACGCACCAGAAGCCCUCCAUUAGGGAGACCACGAGAGAUGUGUCCAGGCCAUGUGUAUCGGGAGAUAUGGG